AAUGGUAUAUUUAAUCUUUUUCAUUUUCUCUAUGGCUUUGAGAGCAACGACUUGUUCUUUGUAAACUGCCAAAUCCCCAUAGCUCCUCCCACUUUGUUAUCUUCGUUCCUUCUUCUCUCUCUCCCACACACACGCUCUCUCUCUUCCUAUAUUCUAUUACCAUUUUCGUUCUUUUCUCCAUCUGGAAAGAGAAAGAAACCAAGAAAAACCCAUAAACCAGGAGAGAGAGAGAGAGAGAGAGAGAGAUAUGGAAGAAGGGAUCGCAGUGGAGGCAGAAGAUCAACAACAGUACCACAGGAGUAGUUGGAGAGUGAUGUCGCCGGAGAUAGUAGAGAUCGGAGAAGAGAGCCAGAGCAUGGUAAGCAGCAGCAGCAACAAAGAUAGAGACAUGAAUGAUGUUUAUGUAGCUGUUGGAAGAGAUGACUUAGGUGUGGUGAAAUGGGCAAUUGAUCACGCUGUCUCUCCCGGUGCUCGAGUUUUUCUUGUUCAUGUCUUCCCUCCCAUCACCUACAUCCCUACCCCUGUUGGGAGGCUAUCUAGAAGUCAAUUGAGUGAAGAACAAGUUCGAGUGUAUAUCAAUGAAGAUAACAACAGGCGGAGACACCUCUUGCAGAAAUACAUUCGCCUUUGCAACGAUGCCAAGGUGACAGUGGAUACAAUGUUGCUGGAGAGCAAUACAACAGCCAAAGCAAUUCUUGAUCUUAUUCCUGUCCUUAACAUAACUAACCUUGUCAUUGGAACCAAACGCCCAUCUUCCUCAAGAAUGUGCAAUUAUUCUUGCUGCAUUUGGAAUUCCUUCCACUUUUCUAAUGCUGAGAAUAGGAGGUUGAUGAUGAAGGGAAUGGGAAAGGGGGAGUAUGUGAAGAAGAAUGCACCAGAGUUUUGUGAGGUUAGCAUUGUAUAUGAUGGCAAGAAGCUUGUGGAUGAUUCCCAACAACAACAACAGGUAGUAGUACUUCCUUCUGCUCUUGCAUCCAGUCGCCGGAGGAGACCGGCCUUAACUCUGCUAUCCCAAAAGAACUUCCUUCAGUGUGUAUGCCUUUCUUCAGGCACCAAAUCUGAUUGAGUUUUAAAAUUU